AUGUCCGGACUCGACGUAGAGGCUCUUCUUGAGUCAACAGCUGCUGCUCCGACCGAUACCGCUCCGAAGACAGACGACCGCGAUGACCGAUCUCGGGCCGAUACACAAGAGCGCCCUGAUCGUGAUCGUUCCCGUGACAGACGCCGACGCCGAGACCGCAGCCGUGAUCGUCGCCGGGACCGAGAUGCCGAUGGCGAUGAGGACAUGAAAAGCCCUCGAAGCGAACAUGGCAGUGCUAACGGAAGCCAUAGAAGCCGGAGAAGGAGCAGAAGCCGUGAGAGCGAUCGACGCCGCCCUCGCCGGGAUCGCGGCGGUGACGACUACCGCUCCAGUGGUGACUUCUAUCGUGGCGGAGGACGCGCUCGCACUCGUUCGCGCUCACCUGAUGACCGUCAUUACCGCCCCUCACGACGGGAGCGUGAUGAAGAACGACGUCGGGGUGGUGGCCGUGACCGUGAAGGUCGCCGCCCUAGCCCUGGUCGCCGGGAUACCAGCAAAUCCCCAGAGCUCAACGAGGAUGAGCGAGACAAGCGAACUAUCUUUGUGCAACAACUCGCCGCUCGUUUGAGAACCAAAGAGCUGAUGGCCUUUUUCGAGAAGGUUGGCCCAGUCAAGGAGGCCCAGAUCGUCAAGGACCGUGUUAGCGGACGAUCCAAGGGUGUCGGAUAUGUUGAAUUCAAGAGUGAAGAAUCCGUGCCCGCUGCGAUCCAACUUACCGGUCAAAAGCUUCUAGGCAUUCCUAUCAUCGCCCAGUUGACCGAGGCGGAGAAGAACCGUCAAGCUCGUAACCCCGAUGCCAGUUCUGGACCAUCGCACUCCGCUCCUUUCCAUAGACUCUAUGUUGGUAAUGUUCAUUUCAGCAUCACUGAAAGUGAUCUCCAGAAUGUCUUCGAACCGUUUGGCGAACUCGAAUUUGUCCAAUUGCAGAAGGAUGAGACUGGGCGCAGUAAAGGUUACGCAUUUGUGCAGUUCCGGGAUCCCAACCAAGCUCGCGAUGCCUUGGAAAAGAUGAAUGGCUUUGAUCUUGCUGGUCGAGCUAUUCGGGUUGGCCUUGGCAACGAUAAGUUCACCCCCGAUUCGAACUCGAACCGAUUGCAGAGCACUUCUGCAAGCCAACCGAAUUUCCAGGGCUCUUCAUUCUCCGGCCAUGGCGGACGCGGCGUUCAAGCCGGAGGCUCGAACAACUUUGACCGUGCUGGUGGCAGAGAAAACGAGAAGGCUGGCGGCGCCAGUGCCCUCGACGACACAGACGUUGCAGGUGUAAACUUCAACAAUUAUAGUAGGGACGCGUUGAUGAGGAAACUUGCACGUACAGAUGACCCCGAGCCUUCUGCCGAUGAACAGCAGAAGGUACUUCGACCCAAGACUGAGACAAAACCAUUGCCCGUGAAUGUCAACAUGGCGAGCCGAUGCGUGAUGCUUCGUGACAUGUUUGACCCCUCCGAAGAGGAGGGUGACGCCUGGGUCAAGGAACUGGAGGACGACGUUCGCCAAGAAUGCGAAGAAAAAUAUGGCCAUGUUGUUCACAUCUCGGUAGAUCCGAACUCUCAAGGCGACAUUUAUCUGAAGUUCGACCGUGUUCAAGGCGGAGAGAACGCCAUAAAGGGCCUUAAUGGUCGUUUCUUUGGUGGCAAGCAGAUUACCGCGCAGCCGGUCGUGGACGCUGUUUAUAGCAGUCUUUUCUCCCGGACCAAGGCUAUCUGA